UUUGCCGUGCAUGCAAAAUCAGCUCCUGCAGUCUGGUGAACAUAUUCACAGAGGGACAGCCCAGUCUGGCGGAGAUGUUGAGCGAGUGUGUUGCCUGUGCAAUCAAUCCAAAUGAUGCACUUCCUCAGCAGCUAUGCCUUUCCUGCGUCAGCGCUGCACAAAAUGCGUUUCGGUUGAAGCGCAACUCCGAACAAAAAGAACCAAAAACAAAUGUUUGCCGCAUUUGCAGAAGCAGCUCAAUGACGCUGCUUGAGAUCAAUGCCAAGCGGCAGCAGCCACUGGGAGAACCCAGUCUAUCGGAAAUGAUAAAAGAGUGCAUUGGCUAUCGGACAAAUCCCACGGAUCAGAUAUGCCUGUCCUGCAUUCUGAGCGUUGAAAACGCUUUUCAAUUCAAGCGCAGAUGCGAGCAGAGCCAGCAGUAUUUCUGUCCACAAGAGAUCAAAACUGAAUUUCAAGAAAGUGAAGCAGUUGAACAUGUGCUGCCCGAUAACAGCUUAGAAGUGGAGCAACAACAAUAUAGCAUUAAAAUCGAAGUCAGCGAUAAUGAGGAAGACUUUGAGUGCGAGCAGACGCUCAUUAUGUUGGAGGAGCAGCAGUGUGAAGAGCAACCGGAAGUGAAUCCUAUGCCUGUCAAUAAUCAUUUUCUAGCAGAGAUCGAAGUGAAUCCAAAGAAGAAGCACAUGUGUGAGAUUUGUGACAAAAGGUUAUCGAGCACUGCUCACCUAGUCGUGCACAGACGCAUUCAUUCCGGGGAACGUCCGUUCAAGUGUGGCGAGUGUCCAAAGGAUUUCACAAGUCGCAAAGUGCUCAAGGAUCACAUGCGCAUCCACACCGGCGAACGGCCAUUUCAGUGCGCCCAGUGCCCCAAGGCAUUUGGCCGGAAUGGUGCACUGGUCAAGCACAUGUUCACGCAUACGGGCGAACGUCCCUUCAAGUGCAGCGAGUGCCCGAAAGCCUUCUAUCAGAGAGGACACUUGAAGAUCCAUAAUCGCAUUCAUACUGGGGAGCAGCCAUACAAGUGUCCCCAUUGCCCCCGCGCCUUUCCUCGCAAGGAGUAUCUAGUGACGCAUCUGCCACUGCAUACGGGAGAGAAUCCCCACCAGUGUCCCCACUGUUCCAAGUCCUUUUCCCGCAGCAAAAACUUAGAGAUACACUUGACGACGCAUACGGGUCAGCAGGCCCAUCGGUGUCCCUAUUGCAUCAAGGCAUUCACCGCCAAUUCCAAUUUACAAAUCCAUAUCCGGAGUCACACGGGGGAACGUCCGCACAAGUGCCCCCACUGUGCGAAGGCAUUCAGCCAGAGCGUCUGCCUCAAGAAUCACAUACGCAUCCAUACUGGCGAACGACCCUUCCAGUGUGCCCAAUGCCCCAAGACUUUCGCCAGCAGUGGAGGCCUCUAUAGUCAUAGUCGUGUCCACUCCGGCGAACGUCCUUUCCAGUGUCCCCAGUGCCCAAAGCGAUUUCCGCGCAACGAGAAUCUACGCAACCAUAUUGGCAUCCACUCCGAUGAUCGGCCGUACAAGUGCAGCCUGUGUCCAAGUCACUUUACCCGCCGCGAGAGUCUGGCCCGGCACAAGCUGAUUCAUGCAAAAAAUUAAAGAUCAGAAGAUUAAAAGAUUGUUGUAUAUUUUUUUUUGAA